UUACGGACCAAAAGAAGAAGGCAAACAAGCCCGAGAAGAAAAUAGGAACCUUCUCAUUCGCCAUCUCUUGCCUAAUCCGAGAUACGGAGCGAUAGAAGUCACCCUUGCCCGAUUCCGUUUUACCGAUUGUGGAUCAAGGCGCAGAAGAAGGAAAGGUAGAAGAAGAUUCCGGCGAUGGAGGACGCGUUCGACUCGAUGAUCUUGGUGUCCGGUCCAAGUUUUGUUCGAUCAGGGCUCAAGGAGCAAGCUUUUGGAGACGAUGUUGUGAUGUUUGUUAAUUCUGGAGGCUGCGAGAUUCAGGGAAAAGAUUGUCGUAUUAAAUUCCAAGGCGAUGCUCAUUUCCUAGGUGGAGACGUAAUUGAAACCAAUGAAAUCAUAGCUGAAAGUGGUGGCCACCCGUUACUGUACCAAUCGGCACGAUAUGGUGACUUUCGCUAUAUGUUUGAUAAUCUUGUUCCUGGAGACUAUUUCGUGGACCUACACUUUGCAGAGAUAGUCAAUACAAAUGGUCCUAAAGGAAUUAGAGUUUUUGACAUAUUUGUCCAAGAAGAGAAGAUAUUAUCUUCAUUUGACAUAUAUGCUAUCGUUGGAGCUAAUAAGCCUCUCCAGCUAGUUGAUAUCAGAGUCUCUGUGCUGCACAACCAGGGUGUUUUAAUAAGAUUUGAGGGACUCCGUGGAUCUCCAACAGUUUCCGGAAUUUGCAUCAGAAAGGCUCCAGUCUCAACAGCAGCCAUGAUAAACCCAGAACUUCAUUUAUGCACCAAAUGCGCCACUGAGAUAGAGGCGUCUCCUAUUCAGAAAAAAUUACAGAGCAGAAUUGUCGUCCAGUAUGAGAAAAAAAUACAGGAGCUAACCCAUGAAUGUAAAAUGAAGUCUGAUGAAUGUUAUGAAGCUUGGAUGUCACUAACAGAUGCAAAUCAGAAGCUACAGAAUGUUACAAUGGAGCUUGAUAACAUGAUCUUCCAAAAUGAAACACUUGAACGAGCCGUUGGAAGGGAGAUGGAAAAAUUCAAAGACGUUUCAGAUAAAUACAAGAAGGAUAAGAAGUUAUGGUCUUCUACAAUCAAUAAUUUGGAAAAGAAGAUUAAGGCAAUAAAAGAAGAUCAUAUGCAACUUUCACAAGAAGCACAUGAUUGUGCUAACUCAAUCCCGAAUCUAAAUAGCAUGAUCACUGCAAUUCAAGCCUUAGUUGCACAAAGUGAAGAUCUCAAGGUAAAGUAUAACGAGGAGAUGGGUAAGAGAAAAAGAUUGUUUAACCAACUCCAGGAGUCAAAAGGGAAUAUUAGGGUAUUUUGUAGGUGUCGCCCUUUGAGUAAGGAGGAGAUUUCAUCUGGCUGCCAUGCCAUUAUAGAUUUUGACGCAGCCAAGGAUGGUGAAAUUGGAACCGUGGCAGGUGGAACAACAAAGAAAAGCUUUAAGUUUGAUCGAGUUUAUACGCCAAAGGAUAAUCAAGCUGAUGUUUAUGCGGAUGCUUCACCUUUUGUCACAUCAGUCCUAGAUGGCUACAAUGUCUGCAUAUUUGCAUAUGGACAGACUGGUACAGGGAAGACAUUCACCAUGGAAGGAACUGAAAAUAAUAGGGGAGUGAAUUAUAGAACUUUGGAAGAGCUGUUUAAAAUAGCAGUUGAGAGGAAGGACACAAUUUCCUACAGCAUAUCUGUGAGUGUUCUGGAGGUGUACAAUGAGCAGAUCAGAGACUUAUUAGCAACCUCUCCGUCAAACAAGAAGUUGGAAGUUAGGCAAGCAGCCGAAGGAUUUCAUCACGUGCCAGGGAUGGUAGAAGCUAAAGUUGAGAAUAUGAAAGAAGCUUGGAAUGUGCUGCAGUCUGGGAGCAAUGCUAGAGCUGUUGGUUCUAACAAUGUAAAUGAGCAUAGCAGUAGAUCUCAUUGCAUGCUUUGCAUAAUGGUGAGAGCAAAAAAUUUGAUGAAUGGAGAGUGCACAAAGAGCAAGCUUUGGCUUGUGGAUUUGGCUGGAAGUGAGAGGCUAACUAGGACAGAUGUUCAAGGGGAAAGACUCAAGGAAGCUCAAAACAUUAAUAGAUCACUCUCUGCCCUUGGAGACGUCAUUUCUGCUCUUGCAUCCAAAAGCAACCACAUUCCUUACAGGAACUCCAAGCUUACACAUUUACUGCAAGAUUCAUUAGGAGGUGAUUCAAAAGCUUUGAUGUUUGUACAAAUUAGUCCAUCAGACAACGACAUGGGUGAAACUGUCAGUUCGCUGACCUUUGCAAGUCGAGUACGGGGAGUCGAGUUGGGUCUUGCUAAGAGACAAGUUGACACGGUGGAACAGCAAAAAAUGAAACAGAUGCUUGAUAAAGUGAGACAGGAAUCUAGAACCAAGGAUGAGUCUUUAAGGAAGUUUGAGGAGAACUGCCAACACCUUGAGAAUAAACUGAAAGAGAAAGAACAACAAUGUAGGAUGCUACAAGAGAAGAAUAAAGAUGUUGCUAGCCAACUCAAUUCAAAUGCAGAAAUACAAAGUCAACUGGAUAGAAAACAGUGCCAGCUCAUGGAAAAGUUGAAUGGGAAGGAAGAAGAAUCUAUGAUGCUUCGGCAAAAAGUAUGGUUUAGACUCAAUAAUAAAAAAAUCACGGUAUUUUCUGCUAAGAAAACAUCGCCCAUUAACAAAAUAAAUUUCUGUUGUUUACAGAUCAAAGAUAUGGAACAAAGAUUGAAAGAGCGACAACAGAUAGAAUCAGUGAGUCUUCAGGAAAAGGUUGAAGAGCUUGAACUCAAACUUAAUGUUCAAUCACACUCUGAAAUUGCAGCUAAGGAGAAGGUUAAGGAACUAGAGUGCCAGCUUAAAGAAAGUCUGCAAUUUCAGUUGACUCUUGAACAAAAAGUUAAAGAACUCGAAAGUAAGCUUAGAGAACAUAAAGAAUCAGACUCCAUUUUAAUCUUACAUUCAGCUGAUAGAUCAAGAAUUGGAACACCGGCAGAAGCAAAAGGAUCCUCAAGCGAUGAAUCAACAAGUGACACUGACCCUGGCAUUCUGAGAAGUUCAACUUCUAUAAACAGGUUAAUGACAGGCCGAGUUUCAAUUCUCCAUAGAGGUAUAUCUCCUUCUGGAAUCAAGAGGAAAGGAGAGCGUGAGCAUCGAAUUAGUGUAUUGGCUGAUGACACUGAGAAUCACAGUGCGUUUUCUACAAACUCAGUAGACAAUAAGACAGAGCCAAUGGAAAUCAAUAGAAGCAGGAAACUAGAUCAAGCAAAAACAUAUGGAAGGAUUACAAGGACUUCAAAAGUUGUUGCAACGCAUAAGCUAUUUCCUCAUAGCAGAAUCAAAAAGGACCAGCAAACUGGAGUAGGAGUUAAGGAGAAAAACAAGGUAAGAGGAUGGGCCAGGUAGUUUGUAAUCCUGAACGGCAAUCAAACAUCUGAAUUGACUUAUUACCACAUCCAUAGCUAACCUAUUCUAUCGUAGAAUCAUUGUGUGUGUUUUUAGUAGAUCUUUAGUGAUUUGUUGUGAGUUUUAAGAUAUACUCAAGUAAAUCAUAUUGGUACUUUUUGGUUAAUGAAAGUGCCGAACAUGUCUUGUUUUCCCACUAUGGCCAAGUUUAUAAUU